AUGCUUAAUCGCGCUUUGUGGUCAUUUGACAUGGCAACUAUGAUUAAAACUGGCUUCUUCAUCCGUAGUCUUCAUAAGCAGCUUCAACAAUUGCAUAGAGAACAAGCUAGCACUUUCGAACAGAACUUUAUUGUCUAUCGAGGCCAAGCGUUUACUGAAGAAGAAUUUAAACAUUUGACAGAAGUCAAAGGUGGUCUAUUAGCAUUUAAUAACUUUUUAUCGACAAGUAAAGUAAAACGUGUUGCAAUGCAAUUUGUCGAAGAUAGGAUUGGAAAAGACAAGCAAGUGAUAGGCGUUUUAUUCAUCAUGACAAUCGAUCCGAAGAAAAUAUCAAUUUCAGAUACACCAUUUGCUCUUAUUGCCGAGUACAGUGCUUUUCCAGAAGAACAAGAAAUAUUGUUCUCCAUGCAUACAGUAUUCCGAGUAGGUGAAAUUCAACAAUCGAAAGCAAAUAAUCGUCUAUGGAAGGUGUAG